UGUCUCUGGGGCUGUGGAGGCGCAGGUGGUUGUCUCAGAGAUAGAGCAGUAUCGGGGUCCAAGAUCAAUCAAGACAAGUCUGAAGUCCUUUGGUUAGGUGUGGAGGGCGAGGGCUUUGUGCUCCCGGACGCUUUCUCUGUGCCUCAGCAGUCCGUCAAAGUAUUAGGCAUUGAAUUUGGCCCGGCCGAUUAUGGCAAAUCGAAUUGGGAGGCCAGGCUGACCAAUGCCGAAGUCAAGGUGAAAUGCUGGAAGGGGUGGCGGCUCUCCUUGAGGGAAAGGGUUGAUCUGAUCAAAACUUACCUGAUCCCCAUAUUUUUGUAUGUCAGCACAGUUUGCAUCUUGCCAGAGUUUCUUUAUACGAGGAUCUACAGUUGCUUUUUCCAGCUGUUAUGGAGAAGCAGACUGAACCUUGUGAAGCGAGAUGUGACUUACCUAUCCAGGAGGAAGGGUGGCUUAGGUAUGGUCAACCCGGUAGUCUUCUUCUCUCUGGUGUUUUUGAAGCACAAUUUUGGUAACAUGCUGGCAGAGAGACCUUCUGCAUGGGUAAGCCUCUUCCGGAACUGGUUUAGGCCUUUUCCGAGUUGCUGGGAGAGUGGUGGGCUAGUGAAAAGCCUGAGGGUUAAGCACGGAAGCUCCUGGGUGAGAGGAUUGCGUCCGUUGUUUGUCAUGCGCCGCUGGCCUUGAGGGAUUGCCCGGGCCAUAUUAUGCGAGAGGGCUUACGCUUA